AUGUUUAAUAUAGUUGUAUUAAUAUCAGGUAAUGGAAGCAAUUUGCAAGCCAUCAUAGAUGCAAUUGAAAACAAGACACUGGAAGGAGUAUCUAUUAGUGCUGUCAUCUCAAACAAGUCAGAAGCAUUUGGUCUAAAGAGAGCAGAGAAACACAAUAUAGCCACAAGAGUAUUCUCUUUACAAAAGUACUUGAAAGAUGAUGCAUCUAGAAAUCGUAAUGACUAUGGUAUAGAGUUGGCAAAGAUCAUAAGAGAAUACAAUCCAAAGUUGAUUGUUUUGGCUGGUUGGAUGAUCAUCUUGCCAGCAAGCUUUUUAGUAGAGUUUGAAAAGAAUCAACCCAUCAUUGACGUUAUCAAUCUUCAUCCCGCUUUGCCUGGGCAGUUUGCUGGUGCACACGCCAUUGAACGUGCCUAUGAAUCCUUUCAAAAGGGUGAAAUUGAUCACACUGGUCUAAUGGUUCACAAAGUAAUCGAAGAGAUUGAUGCAGGUCAAGUAAUACUCACUGCAAAUGUAGACAUUAAAAAAGAGGAUACUCUAAGUGAUUUAGAAGAAAGAAUGCACUCUGUUGAACAUACUACUUUGGUCAAUGCAAUUAAAUUAUUAUCUACUCAACAAUAA